CAACAACUUCCAUGUUUAAUAGGUUGACGAGUUCUCUUACUCUAUAUCGAUUGUACAAUACUCGAUGAAGAUGGUCGCUACCUUAUCUUUCCUGGCUCUUGGCCUCAUCGGUGCUUCUGCCGCUACUCCCUCUCUGCGAUUCGCAAAGCGCAACUCUCCCAACGGUUGUGCAGACGGCGCCCCGAGCCAGGCCGCCAUCACAGGCGCAAUUAACCAGUGGCACAGUGAUGUCACCACCGUCAAUGAUUUUCUCGAUGUCGCGACUUCUCUGCAAGGGCUUUACUUACAAUUACAGCUCGUAGUCGCCCUCAGAGCUGCUAACGACGAACCCGACCAAUUACAAAUUCUCGCGUGUGCAUCAGAUGUGAGUCCCAGCACGGUUGCGCAGGCCGCCGCAGACGACUUAUUCACUGGGUUCGGGCCCAACGUACUCACGCCCCUAAGCAACAUCCUCAACGAUCCAUCAUCGAUUACGCAGAAUUUGCAGCUAAUCAAUCAAUUUCGCUGCUGCCAUGUGCUACCGGACCUUGACACCUUAUGGAGCUUCACUGCCGAGGACGACGGCGUUGCCAAUCAGGUGCCUUUGUCGGCUCCUAGACCGGCAGCCUGUGCGUCCAUCUAUUGCUGAGUGGACAUGGAAAUACGACGACAGGGGGUGAACGAGAGCUAGUGGCGCAAUCGAAGGUAAUUAUUUACCUGGUCGGAAGGCAAGGAGUAAUUCGCGGAAGUGAGAUUCUUGGAGGGCAUUUGAGAGAGCGAACUAGUUUUCUACAUGGCUCGCUUCCACAUUAAACUCCAGUUCAUCCCUACUCACACUUACGGCAUAGAGUCCUGGGGAAAGGCAAACAACCAUGCCCGAGGAAGGCAUGUGAAAUAAUGCCGCCGAACGGCGUUAUAUCACGUGUUGAGCGACGUUUACCCGAUAUUUCGCCAGAGCCAAGUGAGAUCUCCAGCGAUAUUGACCACGCUCUUCGCGACCAUUCCCGUACCUUCAGCAACUGCCACGACUACAGAAGUCAUCCCCUUUCAAAUUACUGCGGCUAGCUGUGCUAUCAACACACCGAAUCCUCGACGAGACAAUGUUUGUCUUGACUUCCCCAGCAAUGUG